AUGCUGACCACGGAGCUUUCCGAGGCGGAGGUCUCUGCCCUCAGAGCCAACAAAGAGAGACUAGCAGAAGACCUGCACCACUCCUGUCAAUGGGGAUAUGGAAUCAGAUGGGGAGAAGGUCCUACUGAUACAGGUAUGCAGCGUUUAGCGCUCUCGGAAGAAGACAAGAGUGUCCGCAACUGGUUCAUCAAGACCAUGCAAGAUCUCAAAUGUAAUGUCACGGUGGAUCAAAUGGGAAACAUCUUUGCUGUGCGCCCUGGCCGGAGAGCCGAUGUACCUCCAACUUUCAUCGGCAGCCACCUGGACACACAGCCCACUGGUGGACGGUACGAUGGAAUCUUGGGUGUUCUAUCUGGAAUUGAAACUCUCAAGACUAUGAAUGAUAUGGGCCUGGAAACAGAAGGUGGAGUUGGUGUGGUUAACUGGACCAAUGAGGAGGGAGCUCGAUUCCCAAUCAGUAUGAUUGCAAGUGGUGUGUGGGCUGAGAGUAUUCCAUUGGAGCAAGCGCAUGCUCUCCAGGAGGUACCAACCGUUGCUUCGCUGCCGACAGCAGCAUCUGCACCCGAGACCAUGAAGAGCGCCUUGGAGAAGAUCGACUUCCUAGGCGAUGUUCCAUGCUCAUACAGGUCGACACCAAUGGCAGCCCACUUUGAAUUGCACAUUGAACAAGGCCCACAUCUUGUUUCUGCAGGUCAACGUGUGGGAGUGGUGACAGCUGUGCAGGCAUACAAAUGGUUCAGACUCAACGUUAUCGGACGUGAUACACACACCGGCACGACGGCAUUUGAACACCGCGCAGAUGCCCUAUACGCAUUUUCCCGUAUGAUGGUGCGAGCACGCGAGGUCGCAGCAGCCAAGGGCUGUCUAGCUAGCGUUGGUAUCGUCGAGGCCAAGCCUGGUAGUGUAAACACAGUUCCUGGGUUGGUGAGCUUCAGUUUAGACAUCCGUGGCCCCGAAACAGCACUUGUUAGCGAGGUUGAGAAAGAGCUGAGGUCCGACUUUGAUGCUAUCGCAGCAGCUGAGGGCGCUGGCAUUGGCAAACCUUGCCGUGUUGAGUGGACUCUUGACUUCGAUUCGCCAGCUGUCAAGUUCCACAAAGACUGUAUCGACUGCGUGCAGCAGUCGGCACAUGCAGUUGUUGCCGAUGCGCCUGUUGCUGACACCAAAUCGCUUGUGCGAUCUAUCAUGAGCGGUGCUGGCCAUGAUAGUGUGUUCACCUCAAAGCGUGUUCCCACGAGUAUGAUUUUUAUUCCUUGCAAGGAUGGUCUGAGCCAUCACCCCGAGGAAUUCUCCACUGCUGAGGACUGUGCCACUGGAGCUUCUGUAAUCUUGCAGGCUGUGGUUCGUUACGACCGGAAGAGGUUCAUGUAG